AUGUUUCUGGUGUACGUUCGGACUGUUUCUGGUGUACGUUCGGAGUGUUUCUGGUGUACGUUUGGAGUGGAGUGUUACUGGUGUACGUUUGGAGUGUUUCUGGUGUACGUUCGGAGUGUUUCUGGUGUACGUUCGGAGUGUUUCUGGUGUACGUUUGGAGUGGAGUGUUACUGGUGUACGUUUGGAGUGUUUCUGGUGUACGUUUGGAGUGUUUCUGGUGUACUUUCGGGAUGUUUCUGGUGUACGUUCGGAGUGUUUCUGGUGUACGUUCGGAGUGUUUCUGGUGUACGUUUGGAGUGGAGUGUUACUGGUGUACGUUUGGAGUGUUUCUGGUGUACGUUCGGAGUGUUUCUGGUGUACGUUUGGAGUGGAGUGUUACUGGUGUACGUUUGGAGUGUUUCUGGUGUACGUUCGGAGUGUUUCUGGUGUACGUUUGGAGUGGAGUGUUACUGGUGUACGUUUGGAGUGUUUCUGGUGUACGUUCGGAGUGUUUCUGGUGUACGUUUGGAGUGGAGUGUUACUGGUGUACGUUUGGAGUGUUUCUGGUGUACGUUUGGAGUGUUUCUGGUGUACUUUCGGGAUGUUUCUGGUGUACGUUCGGAGUGUUUCUGGUGUACGUUCGGAGUGUUUCUGGUGUACGUUUGGAGUGGAGUGUUACUGGUGUACGUUUGGAGUGUUUCUGGUGUACGUUCGGAGUGUUUCUGGUGUACGUUCGGAGUGUUUCUGGUGUACGUUUGGAGUGGAGUGUUACUGGUGUACGUUUGGAGUGUUUCUGGUGUACGUUCGGAGUGUUUCUGGUGUACGUUCGGAGUGUUUCUGGUGUACGUUCGGAGUGUUUCUGGUGUACGUUCGGAGUGUUUCUGGUGUCCGUUUGGAGUGUUUCUGGUGUACGUUUGGAGUGGAGUGUUUCUGGUGUGCGUUCGGGAUGUUUCUGGUGUACGUUCGGAGUGUUUCUGGUGUACGUUUGGAGUGUUUCUGGUGUAGGUUCGGAGUGUUUCUGGUGUACGUUCGGAGUGUUUCUGGUGUACGUUUGGAGUGUUACUGGUGUACGUUUGGAGUGUUUCUGGUGUACGUUCGGAGUGUUUCUGUUGUACGUUUGGAGUGUUUCUGGUGUACGUUUGGAGUGGAGUGUUUCUGGUGUGCGUUCGGAGUGUUUCUGGUGUCCGUUUAGAGUGUUUCUGGUGUCCGUUUGGAGUGUUUCUGGUGUGCGUUCGGGAUGUUUCUGGUGUACUUUCGGUGUGUUUCUGGUGUACGUUCGGACUGUUUCUGGUGUACGUUUGGAGUGUUUCUGGUGUACGUUUGGAGUGUUUCUGGUGUACGUUUGGAGUGGAGUGUUUCUGGUGUACGUUCGGAGUGUUUCUGGUGUAGGUUCGGAGUGUUUCUGGUGUACGUUUGGAGUGUUUCUGGUGUACGUUCGGAGUGUUUCUGGUGUGUGUUUGGAGUGGAGUGUUUCUGGUGUACGUUUGGAGUGUUUCUGGUGUACGUUUGGAGUGUUUCUGGUGUACGUUUGGAGUGUUUCUGGUGUACGUUUGGAGUGUUUCUGGUGUACGUUCGGAGUGUUUCUGGUGUGCGUUUGGAGUGUUUCUGGUGUACGUUUGGAGUGUUUCUGGUGUACGUUUGGAGUGGAGUGUUUCUGGUGUACGUUUGGAGUGUUUCUGGUGUACGUUUGGAGUGUUUCUGGUGUACGUUUGGAGUGUUUCUGGUGUACGUUUGGAGUGUUUCUGGUGUACGUUCGGAGUGUUUCUGGUGUAGGUUCGGAGUGUUUCUGGUGUACGUUUGGAGUGUUUCUGGUGUACGUUUGGAGUGUUUCUGGUGUACGUUCGGAGUGUUUCUGGUGUGCGUUAAGAGUGGAGUGUUUCUGGUGUACGUUUGGAGUGGAGUGUUUCUGGUGUACGUUUGGAGUGUUUCUGGUGUACGUUUGGAGUGGAGUGUUUCUGGUGUACGUUCGGAGUGUUUCUGGUGUAGGUUUGGAGUGUUUCUGGUGUACGUUUGGAGUGUUUCUGGUGUAUGUUUGGAGUGUUUCUGGUGUACGUUCGGAAUGUUUCUGGUGUACGUUCGGAGUGUUUCUGGUGUACGUUCGGAGUGUUUCUGGUGUACGUUCGGAGUGUUUCUGGUGUACGUUUGGAGUGUUUCUGGUGUACGUUUGGAGUGGAGUGUUUAUGGUGUACGUUCGGAGUGUUUCUGGUGUAGGUUCGGAGUGUUUCUGGUGUACGUUUGGAGUGUUUCUGGUGUAUGUUUGGAGUGUUUCUGGUGUACGUUCGGAAUGUUUCUGGUGUACGUUCGGAGUCUUUCUGGUGUACGUUCGGAGUGUUUCUGGUGUACGUUCGGAGUGUUUCUGGUGUACGUUUGGAGUUCCUGGGGAAGUUUAACACACCUAUUCAACUGAAAUGAUUCUCCAUCAGCUUAUUGUCAAGUUCUACACAAUUCUCUUAAGCCUCCAUUCAUUUGAGUCAGGUGAUACAGCAGGGAAACAUCUAAUACUUGCAGUACACUGGCCCAAGAGGUCUGGAGUUGGUGAUCUCUGGUUUAGAUCGUUUAUUUUAAAGCAGACGUCUGAGGGAAGGCUUUGUAUACGUCUUUAGUGAGAAGCAUUAAAAUGGACUUUUACAUUUCCUACAGUCAGUCAGAAGUUAGAGAGCCAACAUGUUUCCGAGUGUCUGUUUGUUCCACUCAGAACCACUCCCAGGACAGAUCCCAGGACAGAUCUCUGGACUGAUCUCUGGACUGCAGCUCUCAGUUUAGUGUUGGGCUGCCAGAUGCACAGAAAUCAGGUUGACUGCAGUGAGGCUGGUAGCUGGUGUAUAACAGGAAAACCCCUGACAGAAUCAGUUUCUCUUUCUAAAACAGAGUGCUCAGUCAUGAUCUCAGUCACCUGUUUUCUCUGAAGUCACACAAACUAAAACUCUUGUGAACCUUUGAGGGCUUCCAGCUGGAAGAUGAUUCAGUUAAAUCUUCUAGAUCUGACCUGUCAUCACUUCACAAGUUUCUGCAAUUGAUCUGAAGCCUCAUUCAUAAGGGAGAUUCAGAUCAAUUAUGCAAAUUUUUGUUAAUUUGUUACACUGCCAGUGUGUUAGAGAAAAUUCAAUGCAAAGGAGAGAUAGGGCAGGUCUUUCCUCCCAGCAGCUGUCAGACUUUACAGUGAACACAUGAACAUGUAUAUGAACAUACAUGUUCAUGUACAUAUUUAUAUGCUGUACAUACUGUCAGACCUUUCAGACCAUCUACUGUACAUAAUAUUUACAAUUAUUUGUGUGUGUGUGUGAAUGUGUGUGUGUGUACUUAAAACAUU